GCUGUUUCCUCAACUUCAGCGAAGCUCACGGGAAAACUUUUCCCCGCUUGUGACCAGUGUCAGCGGUGAGCUGAUGGUAGGCACCGCUGCGUUCUGGUUUUUGGAUUUAACUCUUUCUACCGCGAUAAUCCAGCAACAAGUGGCGUCAACAUGUCCCUGGCGGAUCAGCAGUGGUGUCCCACAAGCGUCCAGGUAACGGUGCUCCAAGCCAGGGGCCUGAGGAUAAAGGGGAAAAACGGCACCAACGAUGCGUACGCGGUCAUGCAAGUGGGCAAGGAGAAGUACCAGACCUCGGUGGUGGAGAAGACCGUGGCUCCGGUGUGGAAGGAGGAGGCCUCUUUCGACCUGCCGCCGCUGCAUCAGUCCGGGGGAGGUGGAGGAGAGCGGGGCACGCUGCAUGUCUAUGUCUCUCACCGGGCCCUGGUGGGUCCAGACAAACAGCUGGGACAGGCUGUCAUCAACCUGCUGCAGCUCAGUGAGGACAAAAGCCGCAAUAAGACCGAGUGGUUUAAGUUGCUGGAUAAGACUGGCAAGGCAGACAAAGACAGAGGAGAGGUGCUUCUGGACAUCCAGUUCAUGCGAAACAACAUGACAGCCAGCAUGUUCGAUCUCUCAGCCGCUGGCAAGUCCCGGUCUCGCUUGGGCAAGUUCAAGGACAAAGUUCGCGGCAAGAAGAAGGAAUCAGACACCGUGUCCAGUGUGGUGCCAUCCGUCACUCAGGUUCUGACAGACAGCGAGGAGGAGGCGGCGAAUGGGGAUGGGGAGUUAACCACAGGGAAGGAUGAGAAGAAGAAGAAACAUAAAAUUAAGUCUUUAUUUUCUCCCAAGUCCAACCUGCAGAAGAACAUGUCUCAGUCCAUGUCCGUUCUGCCUGUGAAGAACUCCUCACUGAGCGGCAGCCAGUCGUCUGGUCUGAAUGUGGAUUCAUCUGAAGGUAAAAAGAAGUUCAAGUUCAAGAUACAUAAACGCUCAGGCUCAGACAGCAAAGAUUCAUCCUCAGGCCACCAAAAACAUGGCAGUGCUGAACAGAGUAACCUGUGCAUCAAUGGCAGUCACGUGUACUGUGAAGAGCCACCGCCUCGGACCUCUCGCAUCGGAUCAAACUUCAGUCUGGCAAGCUCAGGCCAUGGAUCCAUGGAAGAUGUCCCUGAAAGCUCCCCUCCAUCUGUUGAUUCACUCAGGGCAGUGAGACAAUAUUCACCCUGGACGGAGGAGGAGGAGGAUGAAGAGGAGACAGCUGAAACAGCAAAUAAAGCAGAAGAUGUAAAUGAACGUAGAAGGGAGGAAGAGGAGGAAAGGAGGAGAAAAAUAGAGGAGGAGGAGGAGGAAGAGAGAGUGAAGAGGCAAGAAGCACUCGAGAGGUUGGCGGAGGAGAGGAGGAGACAAGAGGAGGAGGAAAGAAGAAGGAUUGAAGAAGAAGAAGAGAGAGUUAGAAGGGAGGAAGAGGAAAGGAUUCAGAGGGAGGAAGAGAGGAGGAGACAGGAGGAAGAGGAGAGCGUUAGGAGAGAGGAAGAAGAGAGGGAAAGGUUAGCAGAGGAAAAGAGACUAGAGGAACAAGAAAGAAAGAGAGUUGAGGAGGAAGAAAAAAGACAAAGAGAGGAAGAGGAAAGGAUUAGGGCGGAGGAGGAAAGGGCUCAGGAGCAGAGGAGAAGACAAGAGGAAGAGGAGAGGAUUAGGAGAGAAGAAGAGCAAGAGCGUCAAAGGUUAGCAGAAGAAAAGAUGAGAACAGAAGAACAAGAAAGACGGAGAAUGGACGAGGAAGAAAGAAGACAACGAGAGGAAGAGGAAAGGAUCAGGGUGGAGGAGGAAAGGAUUCAGGAAGAAAGGAGGAGACAAGAAGAAGAGGAGAGGAUUAGGAGAGAAGAAGAGCAGAAAUUAGCAGAGGAAAAGAGGAGACUGGAAGAAGAAAGGAAGAUUGAAGAGGAGCAAGCUAGAAAGGAGGAGGAGGAGAGGAUAAGGAGGGAAAAAGAGAGAGCUGAGGAAGAGCGGAGAAGAAAAGAGGAAGAGGAGAGGGCUAGGAAGGAAAAGGAAGAAUAUGACAGACUGGUAGAGGAAAAGAGAAAACUAGAGGAGGAAGAAAGGGAAAGGAUUGAGACUGAAGAGAAAAUUAGAAGGGAGGAAGAGGAAAGGAUUAGGAUAGCGGAGGAGAGAAGGAGGAAAGAAGAGGAAGCGGAGAGGGCUAGGAGGGAAGAAGAGGAGCGGGAGGAAAAGAGGAGGCUGGAGGAGCAGGAAAGGAUGAGAAUUGAGGAAGAAGAAAAAAGGCAGAGGGAGGAGGAGGAAAGGAUUAGGAAAGACAAGGAGAGGAGACAAGAGGAGGAGGAGAGGGCUAGGAAGGAAAAGGAAGAGUGUGAGAGAUUGGAAGAACAAGAGCGAAAACAGAAAGAGGAAGAGGAGAGAAUUAGGAUAGAGGAGGAGAGGGCGAAACAGGAGGAGGAAGAGAGGGCUAAAAAGGAAAAGGAAGAAAUGGAAAGGUUAGCAGAGGAAAAGAGGAUACGAGAGGAACAAGAGAAGAGGAGGAUUGAGGAAGAAGAGAAAAUUAAAAGGGAGGAAGAGAAGAGGAUGGAGGAAGCUGAAAGGGAGAGGAAAGAAGAGGAGGCCAGGAAGCUGGAGAACGAAAAGUUAACAGCUGAUAAAGAAGAAAGGAAGAAAAGAGAAAAUAAAGCAAAAGAUGGACACAAAGCUGCUGGGCAGAAAUCUAAAGUAGCUGUGGAAAGCCUAGCAGAAGUUACAUCUACUAAUCCUUUUGAUGAAAACUUUUCAUAUAAUCCCUUUGAGGAGAUUCCCAACUCAGCUGCUGAACUCAAAAGCAGCACAACCGAAGUGUCGGACGUCCAACAAGGAUCUGUGGGAGGUAAGACCAUUUCCACUGAUGAAAAGGAUCUCAUCAGUGCUCAACGGGAGAAGCGACCAGCUCCUCAGCCUCCAGGAAGGAGUCAAGCCGAGAGUUGGGGGGAGCAGGAUGUAUCCACGCGACAUCUGGCACAAAUUAACAAGCAGGGUAACGACAAAGACGUCAAAACCGACAGUGUUCUCCCUCAGUGCUCGGUGAAAAUGAUUGCUCCUCUGAGUCAGCCUCUCACAGACACGAAGAACACCCAGAGCUUGGAGCAAACAAGUACCACCAAAGGAGCAGCAAGUGCACGCUUACACAGUAAACGUCCUGCCCCAUCUAGACCUCGUUCUGUGGAAGAGUCAUCUGAGCCCAAAACAGCUUUGUCUUCCAAUGACAACAUUUCCCAGAGAGGUGUUUCAGAGACAAAACAAGUCCCUGUUGUUUAUGGCUUAAAUCCGUUUGAAGACGAUGAAGAUGAACUCACAGCCCAAGAUGACACAACAGCCCCUAUUGAUGCAAUCCAAUGGCCUCCAGCUGUGUCCCAAGAUGCUGCCUCUCAAGAAAAAUUCAAAUCCUCAAAGAUGGCCCAUGCUCCUGCACCUCCUGCAAAGAAAGCUCCCACAUCAAGCACUUUAAUCCACCAAAACACUGACGGAGACCACGUUACAGAUGAUACUGCCCAGAAAACUUCACCAAAAGAGCCCAAGCUUGCGAGAGCACAGAGCACUGGAGAGGAGGCAGGUGUGAAAAAGGAAGUGCCUCCUGUACCUUCACGCAGGCUUCAACCUGUAAAACCCCUUAAUCCCCAAGAACAGCAGUCUGUCUCCAUUGUGCAAGGAGGAAAAGAUAACAAAUCCACAGGAAUCCCUGGUGAAGUUCAAGAGAAAACAAAGGUAAAUGACACUGGGCUGAAAGGGCCAUACUCCCAGCUGACUCGAGAGGAACUCAUCUCUCUGGUGCUGAAACAGGAGAACCAGCUGUCUGAGAGAGACAGAAAGAUAUCAGAGCUGGAGCAGUACAUUGACAACUUACUUGUGCGCGUCAUGGAAGAGCAACCCAGUAUCCUGAUGUCCAUGAGCUCUUUGAAGAAGGCUGUCUAGGUGGACUCAUUUUAUUCCUGCUGUACCCUAAUCAGUGCAGACUCCAAUUCACAAUGGUUCUGCAACAGAAACUUCACUUUGAAAUACUUGAGGAUUAUAUUAUGAAAGGUUACUGGAAUAAAUGUUUAGGCUUACGAGGUUUGAACAGUUCAACAUAUUGGCAAAUGAAUAAUGAUAAAGACUAAUAUCUUUUGCAAAAUGACCUUUGCAGAGGCUGUUGCACUUUCAGCCAGGGGCCUUUAAAAUGGGGGAUUAUAUCAAAUUAUAUCAAAGAUGUUAAAGAGCACAAAGAAAUUCUACAUUUUUCUAAGCAUUUAGUAAUAUUUUUGACACUUUGCUACAGUAUUUACAUGUCUGAAAAAAACUUAUUUUCAUGUUGAGCAUAACAUCUGUUGAGCUAUAAUUUUGAUAAAUGUUUAAUUCUGCCUACAUGACGACUUCUUAUAUUUCAUGGCAAAAAAUGACACAUUCUGUCUGUUUUUCUACUGUCACUUUCCUUGCUGUUCACUGGUGACAUGUCCAGUUUAAAGAAGAGCCUCAUUUUGCUCUAAAUAUGCACUAAUUAUGUAGAUAAAGUUUCCUGCUCUUGAACUGAAUGUCAGAAGUUUACAUGAUUGUACUAACCCCAAAAAGGCACUUUAAUUAAGCUUACACUAUUAGCAUGAUAUACACUGAAUAACUAUACUGUACUGAGGUUACUGCUUUGUGGCAUUAAAAUAUGAGAAAACAAAAUAAACACUUGAAUAAAUGA